AGCAUGGUUCUGGGACAUAUAGUAAACUGGUAACUAUUGCUUCUUUUCAGUCGAUAUUAUGUCCUUUGCUUCCUUGGAAGGAAAAUAAUUAGCAAAGCUUCGGUCUAAUACUCCGUUGGAUGCUGUCUUUUGUUAUAUGUUUAGGUAUUUUACUUAGAAGCUUGUGAGUCUGGAAGCAUGUUUGACGGUCUUCUUCCUGAAGGUUUAGAUAUUUAUGUAACGACUGCAUCAAAUCCCAAUGAAAGUAGUUGGGGAACAUAUUGUGGUGUGGGUGAUGCACGCGAUCCCUGCCUUGUAGCUUGUCCCCCUCCUGAGUUUAAAGGUGUGUGCUUAGGAGACUUGUACAGUGUUGCUUGGAUGGAGGACAGGUAACGUAACACACAAAUUCUCUAAUCCCUGAUCGAGGGAAAAUCAAUUGAUUUAAAGUUAUCAAAACUAUAAUAUUAAUGAAACUUCUUCCUAUAUCUUGAUUUAUUGAUAUGCAGUGAUGUUCAAGAUCGUCAAACUGAAACUCUAGAUGAUCAGUACGAUAGGGUAAGAGCUUGUGCUAUAUGUAGUCUCGAUUAUGUAUAUGUUUUAACCAAUUAUAGCCUAUUCUAAAGAACGAAUGAUAAUUAUGUUUCAUUAUGAUCAGAUUGCAAACAGAACAGCAGCCAAUCUAACAUAUGGCUCUCAUGUCAUGCAAUAUGGUGAUAUGGUGUUAAGUGUUGAUGCUCUUUUCCAGUAUAUGGGCGUUGCUUCGAUAAAUCACUCUCAUGUCUCCAUGAAUUCUUAUAAAUCAUCGUCACAGAAUGUGGAACAACGAGAAACAGAGCUUUUCUACUGGCAAUCCAAAUACGACAAUGCUCCUGAAGGUUCUGAUGACUAUUUUGAAGCUCGCGCCAAACUUAUUAAUGUUGUAGCACAUAGAAGUCAAGUGGACAAUAACGUAAAACAUAUUGGAGAUCUUCUGUUUGGAGUUAAAUAUGGUAAUGAGGCACUACAAACUGUUCGAUCUUCUGGACAACCACUAGUUGAUAACUGGGAUUGUCUUAAAUCCUAUGUCGAGAUAUUUGAGGCACAUUGUGGAAAAUUAAGCUCAUAUGGAAAGAAACAUAUCCGUGGUAUCGCGAAUAUUUGUAAUGCUGGAAUUGAGAGGGAGCAAAUGACUGCUGCAACUGUACAAGCAUGUGGUCCUUUGUAGAGCUGAGAGCAAUUUAUGUUUAGCUUGUGUAAUUUGUGUCAUCAGUCAUGGCUGGCUGCAAAGUUUCACCUUAUGUAGCUAGCAAAUUAAUAAUGUUACUCGUUAUUCCUAUUGGAAUUAUGUUGAGUCAAAUGGAGUUAAUUUGAGACUAUGAAUGUUCAAUAUUUUUUUAUUUUCAUAUAUUUGAUG